GUAUUGCAUACAUGAUGAUUUCGCGAAUAUUUUUGAAACAAUUUCACUUUAACAACAUCGUGAAUAUUAAUAUUUGUGUUUUAUUUCGUACGAAUACUCGCAUAUGAUAUUUUGUCGAGAUGGGCGUUAUUGGCAUGGUUCGCUUUAUGCUGUUUGCAAUUUUGUUCUGCUGUGUCAAAAAAAUUUCCUUGGUUAGCAGUUUCAGAAACAAACACAUGAACGGGAAAACGGAAUACAAUUUAAAUCUGAUGUCUGCAAUGAAUGAUAACUCGGCGAGGUUUCAUACAAAGUUUCGUUGUUUGUUGUAUAUAAACAACAACAAUAUCAUCGCAAGCGGCAACAACGACGUCAAAAACAAUUUUAACAACGUCAACAACAACAUCAACAAAAACACCGACAACGAAUGCAUGCUUUCAUGUGAGUCAACAUUAACUGCUCAACAAACUUCAAACAAGAAGGAAAACCACUCAACAUGUAGCCAGCACAUUUCAAAACUUAAUCAUCUAAAAAUAUCAAAUCUUUUAACAAAACAAAUCAGUAUUGAAAGUUUCAUGAAAGAAAUUUUUCUGUCGAAGCAAGUGGAAGCCUUGGACGUGGGAAGUGAACGGCAGUUCAACAUUACCUCCGUACAACUUUUAGACUUGUCAGAUAAUAACGUAGAAACCGUAGCAAAUGAUGAUUUGCAUAACUUUACUAAUUUGAUAUUUUUAAAUUUUUCCAACAACAACUUAAAAUUUUUAGAACAGAAAUGUUUUGAUAACUUGAUUUAUUUGAAUUAUUUGGACCUAUCAAAGAAUCGUCUUUACAGUCUACCAGAAGAUUUAUUUUCGAAUCUGUUGAACCUAAUCAUGUUAAAUUUGAGCUCUAAUGAAUUAAAUAAUUUUUCGUUUUCUCGUUUGCUAUCAAGUAAAAAACUGAAACGCUUAGACCUUAGCAGUAACAACUUGACAAGAUUAGAACCAAAUAAGUCAACAGAGACGAUUAAUAUUGAACAUUUAAACUUAAGCCACAACAGACUUCAGACAAUACCGCCAAUCAUAUCGACAUCGUUGAAACAACUCAAAAAAUUAUUUCUCAAUGACAACCCGAUUGAAGAAAUAUCAAAGCAUUCAUUUCUCUCCCUUGCAAACCUACUCGAAGUUGAACUAACGAACAUGAGGCAUUUGAGGUCAGUCGAGGAUGAAUCGUUUAGAAAUUUAUCGAAGCUUCAAGUGCUGAACAUAAGUUUCAACCCUCACCUCAACUACUUCGACGGCAACAGUGUGAUGCAUUCUCCGAAUCUUGCACGAAUUGAUUUGCAACAGAAUGAUCUUCAUUUUCUAUCUGCAAAUAUCGUCAGUGCUCUUCCAAGCCUACAAACAAUCAACCUGUCUGGCAAUCCCAUACUGAAAAGCUGCAACAACCGAUGGAUAGUCAGUUGUCACCAAUGCUAUCUGGACCAGCUUGUCCACGACAAUCUGCAACAACCUGCUUACAACGUUAAUAACGAUAGUAGUAGUAAUAAUAAAAGUAUUAACACCAGCAGUAAGAAUCUUUACAACAAUUUAAAUGGAACUAGAAUUUGUCAGCCGGAUAUAAUUCCUUUGUACGAGAAAUAUUUCCAUUUAGCCGUCGGUGAUCCAUUAAGGUUGAAGUGUAGAAGCGUUUCAUUUGAAGCUGUGAAUGUCUUUUGGUCGUUCAUAGGCUUGGGAAGCAGGUACCACAUGCACCACGACCACAGCGAGCUGGACGACCUGCACGUUGAACAGAACAAGAGCACAAUAUCAGUGGACCACGUUGCUUUCUACCAUGCUGGCUUGUACAUCUGUAACGCGCAAACCAAAUUUGGUAAGCAAACCUCCAAUGUAACGGUUCGCAUCUACAAUCCAAACGCAUCCAUCUACUUCACAUCAUACAGCAGAACGUCUGUAACUGUCGAAUGGGCGGGUACGGAAACAACGAUGAAGACAACAGAGUAUUAUAUCAGUUGUAGACGCCUCAUUGAUCCACACCUUCUGUUUCAACCGAUCCAUCAACAUGACAAAAACUCACUUGAAGCAUCCUUCUGGUUAGCUGCAAACGAAACUUCAGUUCACCCGACGUUGUUUCACCAUCCCACCUACCAACACAGAAUGCCGCCUUUCACAAACGGAGAAGCGGCUUCUUUGUCUUUCAUAAAAAUUAAAAUCGGUCCCUUCAUGAGAAGAAAUACUUUCAAUGGUCUUUCACCACUGACGCCUUAUGAAAUUUGUCUAUAUGUUUCAAACAGCACUGACAGACGAUUUUCAAACAAUCAAAAUGAAAAGUUUUCAGCAAACGCCAACCAUUAUUUCAAAUCAUCAAAUGACAACUUUUAUUCGUACGACAGUGAGGAAACGUUAAUAAUUCUGUCUUGUUUUAAUUUCACAACACUGGAUCAAUCGACCGGCGGUUACGAAUACGAACCAGGCAUUCGAAGGUUGCCCAUCUUGCAAAUUCUUCUGGGCACAUUUGGAUGCCUGGCUUUCUUAAUAAUUUUUUAUGCCAUUUGCAACUCUUUACUAACCACAUAUUGCAGUCGGUUAGUUGGUAGUGCGAGAAGCAACAAACAAAACAUAAACAACGUCUACAGGCUAAUAACACGCCGCUCCGAACGUCGUAACAGUUUGACGCUCGUCCCGGUCGAAACAACUUUCAUCGAGAAUUCAAGGGCCUCAUCUAGAACCUCCCUUAUAAGUUGACUGUUUCGAAAAUAUUUUUAAUUCCUGUACAUAGUGGUUCAUAUUUUAAAUUAUUUUAAUAUAGUUCAAGUUAUAAAUAUAUUUAUCGAAAUUGUUGUUGUUGAGAUAAUAAUAAAUUGCAAACUUUCAA